AUGCCGGCUUUCAAGGAUGAACACAUACUGAUCAUUGCGCCAGGUUCGCAAACCACCCUGGCGCAAUUAGGCCUACCUGAAUCCUUCACGCCUGCAAAAUUCCGAUUUCCUACUCGCAUGUUCCCGGCUGAAAAGAAGGACGAAUGGGAACCAUACAAGAUCCGCGAGAAACUCGUGGUGAAGAGGACAGCGCCCGCAACAGCGCCCGCACCCCCUGCUGCCAAUGAUUCCACCGCCACAACCGAUGCGCCAAAAAAAGAUGACGUGGAAGUUAAACCGGAUGUCGAAAUGAAAGAUGCCGCAGAGGGAGAUCUACCAACAGAGGACAAAGAAGCAGGAGAUCAAACGCAAAGCGAGAAGCCAGACGACACGAGCACCGGCGUCGUUGAAAAUGGUCACGAGGAAACCACUGCUGCCGAUGCUGAACACUCAGAGGAGGGACAAGUUAUAUACGAAGAAGAUCCAACAUCAGACGAAGGCGCCGUCUACCCAAUUCGCAACGGCGAAAUUGUCGAGUGGUCAUGCUUCUUCGCUCUCCUAUCCCACAUCUUCAAAACCCUUAGCCCUCCCUUCCACACCCCCAUUAUGUUUAUCGCACAGCCGGUAUGGACCGCGCGCGACCGCGAGGCCAUCACGCAGUUUGUCUUUGAGAAAUUUCAAACACCCGCAUUCUGUUUGAUGGACUCCGCCUUGGCCGCUUGCUACGCGUACGGGACCGUCAACGCCACGGUGAUUGACAUCGGCCACGGUAAGGCAGACGUUACUGCUGUGACAGAUUUCGUUGUCAACGAGCAUGGCAGGGGAUUUGGGCUGCGCAACUGCGGUGGUGAGGCGAUGACGGAUCGACUGGAAGAAUUGCUGGGUCCCAAGGGUUUCACGCGCGACAUGUGCGAGCAACUGAAGAGGAGCAAUAUCUGUGAAGUUCUACCUUCAAAUAUUCCGCUUCCGGGAAACUCGGCGACAGUAUCACAAAUACAAAACUCGUCUGAUGCGCUUGGUGCAGCUAGUGGAACUAUCGAUAGGGAUCCCACGAAGCCUACGCCCAGUGUCGCUGGCAAGGGGGCUGAAACUGCGAAUGGGACGGCGGAGGAAAAUGAUGAUGACGGUGUUCUUGAUGUGGCAGCUAUCGUUAGCAGUGGCAAUACGAGCGAAUAUCUUGCCCGAAGAGAAAGAGAGAAAGCAGAACGGGCAGCUGCUAAAAAGGGGGCUACAGAUGCCGCUACGGGCAAGCCAGUUCGGCUACCCAAUUGCAAAAAGGAGCGCGCUACAUUCCAGUAUCACGAAUUUGUCAAAGUCGAACCUAAGGAUGGGAAUGUGCAGAGCACUACUGUGCAGUAUAUUCGCCAGAAGCGCGAUAUUGAAGUUGGAAUCGAACGAUUCCUCGCACUAACCCCCAGCGAGGCGAAGUCGAAUGACCACUGCAGCUCCAGCCUUCUCGAUACUCUUGCUGCCCAGAUCCACCAUACGAUCCUUUCCGUCCCUGAUGCGCCCAAGCGCAGCGAAUUAUGGGAUUCCUUUAUCAUCCUUGGAAACGGCAGCAAAAUAAAAGGCUUUACCCAAGCCCUCCUCUCAACAAUAAACCAAAAAUACGUCCUCUCCCCUUCCUCCGGCACAAUAUUCACCUCCGAACUUCCGUCGCAAAUGUCAACACCGCUCCCAACUGGCGGGACAAACACCCCAGCUCACCUCCAGAACCCAGGGCCCCUUCACCACCCAGCCGCUCACGGGGUCAACCCCCUCCUCGUGGCUGCUACCCACGCUAACAACCCCUCAACCCCCAACCACCUCAAUCCCCACGACCCUCACAGCACCAACUCACCAGCCGCAGCCGCCCACCAGCAACACCACCGCUCGACCGGCCACUCGCAAACACCCACCUCCAUCCGCCUCCUCAAGCCUCCAGAGUACUUCCCAGAAUGGAAAAACCAAGGCGCAAGCGGUUCAUCCGGCGCGGGCGGCGUAUUGGUACCACCAUCAGCAACGGGUGCUGCCGCGGGGGUGGGCGCGGCGGGGACAUCGACGGGGUUAGGUGGUGCUGGGGGACAAAAUGUGGGGAUGGAGGAGGCGACGUUUUUGGGCGCGCAGGUUGCGGCGAAGGUUGUGUUUGUUAUUGAUCAGGGUGUUAGUAAGGGGUUCCUGAGCCGGGUGGAGUACAACGAGACGGGGCCAGCAGGAAUUCAUGAUUGCUCUUUGUAG